AUGAUUCGCACGUUUUCUACCAGUCUUAUUCGAUCUCAGGUCAAAGCCAGAUUUGUGGUGGUAAGUUAUUCAAAGACUAAAAACACUUACAAAUUCAGUCAAGUCCUAGGAAACCGUCCUUAUUUGAGUUGAUCAGGCCCACCAAUGAACCCACAACUUCUCUGGAUGUUCCCAAGGCAGUAGUGAAUCUAAGUAUCGACAGUAAGUCGAUUGUUAUCCAUACAAUUUGUUCAGCUUAUCGAAAUGAGAAUGGCCAACCCUGGUCGCUGCCCGUUGUAAGGGAAGUUGAGAAACAACUGGCUCUUGAUGAAGAUCUGGAUCAUGACUAUGUUGAUCCUCAAAUUGGACAUAAACCGUUCAUCGAAUACUCUACCCAUUUACUUUUAGGACAGCACCUUGGAAACGUGUUGAAGGAUAAUGUAAACGAUGAAUUGAAUAAUGGACCUCUCCUAGGUAGUCGCUCUACAAACGGUUUCGGCCACUGGAGCAUUGAGAUUGGGUCUUGAGUUUGCUGUUAAAGUUCUCGGAUUGAACGAAGCCCAUCUUGCAAAUCCAUCGUGGACUGAUUACGGGAUUAUUCUACAAAAUGCCGGUAUCAACCGAAUCAGAGAAUAUCCUUAUUGGGACUAUGAACAGAAGAAGUUAGCGUUUGAGUCAAUGGCAAAAACUUUAAAAUACGCGGAGCCAGGGUAGACCUAAACUUGCGAGAAAAUGCUUUUUCUAGAUCGAUCAUCAUCCUCCAAUGUGGACACAAUCCAACUGGAGUGGACCCCGAUCCAUCUCAAUGGCGGAGAUUGGCCGAGAUUGUCAAAGACAAAGACCUCGUCCCCUUUUUCGAUGUCACCAACAUCGGCCUCUUCAGUGGAGAUCCACAGGAAGACGCCUCUCCAAUUCGAUUAUUCGCCGAAUUGGGCGUCGAAUUCUUUGUGGCCCAAUCUUUCUCCAAGAACUUUGGACUUUACAGUAAGUCAAAUAGUUGUCGAUUUGAUAAACCUAAUACUAUAGGUGAGCGCGUGGGAAACCUGCUUGUAGUGAGUAAAGACCCUUCCAAAACAAGAGAAAUCAAAGAAUAUCUGGUCCAAUUGUCAAGAGGAUUGUGGAGCAGCGCUCCCCUGCACGGUGCGAGAAUUGUGGGACAUAUAUUGAAAACUCAAUACAUGCGGGAGCAAUGGCUGAAUCAAGUUAGAGUAAGGAUUUGCGAGUUUUAACCAUAUGAAACACUAAUUUCAGAUGAUGUUCAUGAGAACUCAAAAGUCCAGGAAUGAUUUCUACAAAGCCUUGAUGGAUAACAAAACCCCCGGAACGUGGGAUCACAUCAUCCAAUCGUCUGGUCUCUUCUGUCUUUUAGGACUGUCAGAGCCUCAAAGAAACUACCUAUUCAGAAAACACAAUGUUUUCAUUGCUCCCUCGGGCCGCAUCAAUGUAUGUGCACUGACCAAUGACAACAUUGUGGAAGUUGUACGUGCUGUAGAUGACUCUGUUCGUAACAGUUAA